UUUUUUUUCCUCCUAUUCAGGGCACUCUUUUUUUUCGGUGUAAAAGAGCAACAGCCGGUCGGUUGUGUUUUCCAUUCGAUCGCGACAGAAGAAGAAGAAAAAUAAAUGGCUUCCCGGUGGUCAGCGUCGUCGUCGCUGUCGAGCACUCUGCUCAACUACAGCCGCGAAGAAGUCGUGCCUUCGUACCGCGUCGUUUUCCCGUUCGAGGCGACGUUCGACCCGGCGCCGGCGCAGCAGUUCUUCCUCGGACACCGCAUGACGACCGUGUGGCUGUCGGUGGCGUACGUGGCGGCCGUGUUCGGCGGCCAACGGCUCAUGCGGUCCCAGAAGGAGUUCGGGCUCCGCGGCACCCUGGUGGCGUGGAACGCGGCGCUGGCGGCGUUCAGCAUCCUGGGCACCAUGCGGUCCCUGCCCGAGCUCGUGCACGUCGUCAGCAACAAGGGCUUCGGCUACUCAGUCUGCAUUCCCAGCUUCUUCGAAGAGGAUUCAGUGUCCGGAUUUUGGACGACCAUGUUCGCCAUUUCCAAGGUACCAGAGCUCCUGGACACAGCGUUCAUCGUGCUGCGCAAGCGACCACUCAUCUUCCUGCACUGGUACCACCACAUUACCGUACUGAUGUACACCUGGUACGCGGUGUCAUGCGUCAUAGGCCCCGGACGCUGGUUCGUCACCAUGAACUUCAUCGUCCACAGCGUCAUGUAUUCCUACUAUGCUCUCCGUGCCCGAGGAAUCCACACGCCCAAGGCCGUGUCCAUGAUCAUCACGACCAUGCAAAUUUUGCAAAUGGCAAUCGGCUGCGUGGUGAAUGCAACAGCUUACAAAAUCCGCUUUGUCGACGGCAUCGAAGCUUGCCGGAUUUCCUGGAACGAUAUCCUCAGUUCCCUGCUGCUCUACUCAAGCUAUUUGUACCUAUUCGCCCUUUUCUUCCGGAAUUCCUACUUCAAGAAGUCAAAUCGCGGCAAGAAGGUCGAGUGAUACCCUAUAAUAAGCUCACACAAAAAAACACAAACAGACGAGGGGAGAGAAGUCGAACGCUGAAAAACGUUAUUUGUACACACGCCCGAAUUCGCUACAAAAAUUUUCGGUUUUCGUGUCUCUCAAAAAUUUUUUUUUUCGGAUUUAUUUUAUUUUUUGCGGUGUGCGUAAUCGCGGGGCAACACAUUUUUUUCGCUGCAUUUUUUUGUGCGGAACUGUUGGUUUUCAAGCUCGUGGCGACGAAGAAAAAUGACUCGAUUUGUA